AUGACUUUGAAUAUCUUGAGCGCUGGCUUCGGUGUGCUGGCAGGCCCAGUCUUUGCGAAGGCAUUUUCGUCUGGAAAUUUCUUCUCUCAGAAUUCUGGUAUUGGAGAGAAGCUGGAGUCGGCAGUGAUGAAGGGUGUGGAGUUUGGCCUGGCUGAGGCUAAAGAAUACGCCAAAAAAAAAACCCCUGUAGGUCUCGUCCUUUUUCCCAUGUCCUUUUAUCCUACACACUUCGGCUGUAGAAACGAGUCCGUGACGGAGGAUCUCGCAUCGCAGUUUAACUGGAUUGUGAUGAAUUGGAAAGAAAUUGUCGAGAUUACACAACGCCAAGCCUUCUCUGAGACGAAAGAUGGGGUUAGCUAUCUCAGCAACAUGAUGAGCAACGGCAAGCUGCUCAAGGUCGAGCCGAUGAACAGGUUUGACACGGAAUCCGCCAUGGUCAAAGUCCUGUACGCCUUCCUGAUUCCGCAUGUCUGGCAUCUCCGAGCUUACAGCCCUGUUCUCAUCCACGCCGAGUGGGACUGCCAAAAGGUUGGGGUUGACAAGUUCAUAUGGCUCCAGUCUGGCGACAAGGAUGUGGCCAAGAUGUGCAUCAACAACCCGUCAGCACUACUUUCUUUACCCUGGAGGUCCAACGAUGAUAGACCACAACUAGGGCAACUGGAGUGGAGGUUCGGAGCUGAAUCGAAUGCCGGUCUUGCCAGGCACAGAGACUCUCGGGUCUCCAUUGAUGGAUGGGCAAAACGAUCUCAUGUGGGGAUGGUUCACACAGAUGAACAUUGCAAGAAGCUUGACGGUGUCUUGAAGCGCCACGCCAAGUGGGAAAACAAAGGCUUCGACAAGCUUCCGGAUCUCUUCAAUGGGGAACACCGGAAUAACUUGAUCGAGGAGGUCACAAACGGCGAUGUCAAGCUUCUGCCGGGGAUCAUGAACAUCCCCAUGUGUGACCCUCAAACAGUCUUUGACAACUAA